AAGCAUCAAUACAUGUUUCCGGUGUACUUCUGCCUUGAGAGACAGCUAACGUUAGUAACAUCAACAUGCACAUGUGCAACUCAUUCUCCCGUCAACCCUUGCGAGCGUUACAGUAGGAAGUUAGGAACCAUCUGCUGUCUGCUAGCCGGCUACAGGUCUCCUCUUCUCAGUGCAAGAUCAUGCGACCUCAUGAUCAAGUGCUGACGAUCAUUUUGUUGUGAGCAGUGUUUGACAAUAGCAGCAAUGAAGGCUGGAGUCAGGACGGAGGUUUUGAAGAGAGCUGCAGCUACCUGCAUCCUAACGUUGGGUCUCGGCUGUUUACACGUGAUCGCCCUCAAAUCACAACUUUUUACCAGGAUUGGUGGGUUACCUUACUCAUCCGAGACCCCCAUCAGCUAUGAAACAUUUUAUUUUGACCAGAAGAUUGAUCAUUUUGGAUUCCUAGAGGAUGGCACCUUCAAACAGAGGUACCUUGUGGCUGACAAACACUGGCAGCAGCCUGGAGGACCUAUUUUGUUCUACACUGGCAAUGAAGGAGACAUCACCUGGUUCUGCAACAAUACUGGCUUCAUGUGGGAAAUUGCAGAGGAAUUGGGUGCCAUGCUGGUUUUUGCAGAACAUCGUUACUAUGGAGAGUCCCUGCCAUUUGGACAAGAUUCUUACAGUGAUAGCAAACACCUCAACUACCUCACCUCAGAGCAAGCCCUGGCAGAUUUUGCAGUGCUGAUUCAGAACCUGAAAAGUACUUUACCCGGAGCUCAGCACAGCCCUGUUAUCGCUGUCGGAGGAUCCUAUGGAGGGAUGCUCUCUGCCUGGUUCAGGAUGAAAUACCCCAAUAUAGUUGUUGGAGCUCUGGCAUCCUCCGCACCAAUAUGGCAGUUUCGUGAUAUGGUGCCAUGUGGGGACUUCUACAAAAUAGUAACACAGGACUUUGCCAGAAGUGGGUAUAACUGUGACGCAAACAUCAGAGAGUCUUGGAAGGCUAUUAAUAAUGUCUCUUCCACUGCAUCUGGUCGUCAGUGGCUGUCAGAAGAAUUCAGUUUAUGCGCCCCUCUUAAAAGCAAAUAUGAUGCUGUCGGCUUCAAGAACUGGCUUCAGGAGACUUGGGUGAAUCUGGCUAUGGUGGACUAUCCCUAUGAAGCUAAUUUUCUCCAGCCACUUCCUCGCUGGCCGAUCCAGGUGGUGUGCAAGUAUCUUGCUUUCGAUUCCACUGUGUCUGACUACGAGCUGCUGCAUGGUGUCUCCCAAGCAGCGAAGGUCUACUACAACUACACCGGAAGCUCUUCCUGUCUCAACACAUCUCAGACAGCAACCGGCAGCCUUGGUUUUCUCGGCUGGUAUUACCAGGCCUGCACAGAGAUGGUGAUGCCCAUGUGCACAGAUGGGGUCCAGGACAUGUUUGAACCUGAGGAGUGGAACCUCCAGGCCUUCUCUGAUGAGUGUAACGCCAUUUUUGGUGUCAGGCCACGAGCUGACUGGGCAGGCACAGUCUACGGGGGGAAAGACAUCGCCUCUCAAAGCAACAUCAUCUUCAGUAACGGAGGACUUGACCCAUGGUCAGCUGGUGGAGUGACUUACAACAUAACAGAUUCUCUGGUAUCCAUUAUGAUUCCUGAUGGAGCCCAUCACUUGGACCUCCGCUACAGCAAUGACAAUGACCCACCCUCAGUCCGUGCAGCCCGGACGUUAGAGGUGAAGUAUUUUCAAGAGUGGAUCAGGCAGGCUACAAAGACACGUCAAACUGCAUCAAUGCCUUAGUCCCUAAAAACAAAGCAAAAUGUUACACAACUGGGAAAGUCAUUAUAACCUGGACUGACUAGCUUUAAUUUGUGACAUGGUAUUUUACAGGGUGCUGGCUCUUUCAUUAUGCCCAAGUUUGACCUGUUUUAAUCAAUGUUUUUUCUUCACAUUAAAUGAUUUCAUUAAUUUAAAUAUUUCAGAAUCCCUCUGGAUUUUAAUAACAAUAUCAUUAAUCACUUGAGAGUGUUUUUUAAUCUUAAUCACGUAGCCAUGUUCAGUGCUGUAUCAGGAGUAUCCAACUACAGUCUUCUUAGACCAAAUGAGGACACACUAUCUUUAUGCCAAACUGUACAUUUCCAAGGGCUUGGAGAGAGAGAGUCAGUGUUACAAUCAGUAAUACAUUCAGAGUUAUUCACAUCUUAAAUUUUGUACAUCAUUACGAAUUCACACGCCUUGUUGAUUAGCCAUUGUGGUCAUUCAGGUGUAUAUUUUUUUUAAUAUAUAUUGUAACAUGCAUCUUAUCAUUUGAAGACGUCUCAGGAGAAAAGCUUAGCACCAAAUCUAAAGAAAAUCAAGUAAUAUUAGACUUGAUUUGUUAUUGUUCACAGAAUAGUGCUUCCUCGCUUUGAAGUUUUCUAUUUAUGUCUAAUAAUGGUGGUACCAUUAUUUAACAUGCUGUCACUUCCAAGAAACAUGCCUUCUAGUGAAACUGAUUAAAAAGCUACAAAUGAUAUUGUCAUAUAAUCUUUCUAAUUGUCUUUUAAUCAUAUAUGGAUGUCCUGUUGUUCUGUGGAGCAGACUCUUUCUCAUGUUUUAGAGAGACUGAGGCUUUUAAGUUACUUCCACCUAGCAGGAACAAUUGCACGUGCUUGAGAUUUAAUAAAAAACCAAUCGGAGGAGGCCAAUAAAGUAAGUGGUGGGAGGUUAUUGCAGCUAUGCCUGCUGACCUCACCCCUGUGGACCAACCUGUGGGAUUCCCCCUGGCACGCAUUCAUUCACUGCCUCCAUUAAAGGUUUAAACUGAGGCACCAGAGCAGCCCAUAGAGCCUGGUUUGUUCCCCCCUGCUAGUAAUAUUAUUAAUACAACUCCUGGGGUGCCAGAGGGGUUGAGAAGGGUUGAUGGAAGGUUAAGAGUGAGGCAGUGAGUGGAUGCAGGACUCGGCAGGGACUAAGAAGUCUUUUGUAGUUCGCCAUGAAGUCACUGUUAUGUUUCUUUUCUUUUUUUCUUUUUUUAAUAUCAAACUAAAACUGCCAACUCAACUGUCAUGAAAACACUGAAAUUAAAACACUUUGACUGGCAAUGAAAACGGA